AUGGCGCAAGCACCACCACCACCACCGCCUCCUGUUCCAGCGGGAGGUGCUGGAACUUCUUCGAGACCAGCAGCCGCCAAAAUGCCCCAGGGGAGAGAUGCACUUUUAAGCGAUAUUCGAAAAGGCGCAAGACUUAAAAAAGCUGUCACAGACGACAGAAGUGCACCCAAAGUUGGUGGAGGAGGCGUUACAGAGGCGUCUGGAAGCUCACAGGCCUCUCAGAAAAGCUCUUACGGUUCUGCGCCGCCGCUUCCUACUGCUAAUAUCGGUGGUGGAGUUCCAGGGCUAGGUGACAUUCUAGCUGGAGGAAUACCCAAAUUGAAACGUGUUUCCGAGCCAAAAGGAACUCCUGCAGUUCCAAUGGGAGCUCCUCCUAUUCCAACGUCACCUGCACCUACGCCCCUAGCGUCGGCACCAUCUGCGCCGCCAAUCCCUGGCUCUUCGGCACCCCCAAUUCCAGGGUCUUCUGCGCCCGCUGUACCGCAAACGCGACCUCACAUGCCCGCAAAUAGGCCUCAGCGGAAAAAAGGGGUCGUUUCUGGACCUAGUGGGCCUUCUACACCCCUGGUACCGCCAGCUCCGGCAUCUUCUGCGCCUUCGAUUACUGGUCAGGAAUUAGUACCUCAAGCGCCGCCCCCUUCUCUAGCUCCUCCUUCUAUCCCUCCAGCCCCACCGGCUUCUUCGGCCCCGCCCGUCCCUUCGGUAUCUGCCGCAUCAGCACCACCAGCACCACUAGCGCCAGCGCCUCAAAACUUAGCGGCUCCUCCAGCGCCACCGGCACCAGCGCCAGCGCUUCCAAACUUAGCAGCUUCUCCAGCGCCACCAGCACCAGCGCCACCAGCGCCAGCGCUUUCAAACUUAGCAGCUCCUCCAGCGCCACCAGCACCAGCACCGCCAGCGCCAGCGCUUCCAAACUUAGCAGCUCCUCCAGCGCCACCAGCACCACCUGUACUACCGACAGCGCAUGCCUCGAAAGCACCCCCACCACCUCCAAGUGCGCCCCCGCUCAAGCCAACGACAAAAUCUGCUGGAGCUCCAGCUCAAAAAUCCGCUCUUUCGUCUAGUGGCGCUCUCCCCUUUCUGGCGGAGAUACAGAAAAAACGCGACGACCGGUUUGUAGUGGGCGAUGACACAAAUUACACCACCAAAGUGGAGCAAGAAUCCACCGCGCAACCCUCCUCUCCGCCUAGCAAGCCACCAGAAUCGGCCCCCUCUUCUGGGGGUCCGUUUUCUUUCAUGGACGAAAUUCAAUCGAAACUUAAAAGCCAUCAAACUCACGGGUCAGGGACUAGGGCGCCAUCAAGUGCCGCUCCACCUAUGAUUGCUCCUGCACCACCUGUGCCUACAAGCCUGCAAUCGAGUUUCCCAGCUGCUCCAGCCUUUCCCUCUGGUGCUGCUCCUCCUAUCCCCACCACACACACGCCACUACGUGGAGACUCAGAGCCAAGCGCACCUCCUUUGCCAUCUUCAGCGGCACCUCCGCCACCCGCGACUCCGGCACCACCAGCUCCGCCAGUACCGCCAGCGCAGCCAACAAUAUCAGCACCAGCAGCACCAGCAGCACCAUUGCCGCCCCCUACGAGUACUUCCCCUUCAGGUUCUGGGGGUUUACCAUUUUUGGCCGAAAUUGAAAAGAAGCGGGAUGACUCUCAUGUUAUUGAUGGCUCAGGAAUAAGGUCAAGGAAAAGUGCGAGCGUCAUGUCGGCACCCUCAGUUCCGCUUUCUACAGCACCAGCGAUCCCAGGGGCAGCAGCUCCACCUUUGCCUUCGUCACCACCGCCGUUGAGUAGUAUACCUCCUCCUCCUUCUCUUCAAGUUUCAACGUCACACGCGCCUCCCCCACCUCCUCCAGAUCAAUUUUCCCCAGGUACAGAAGACACAAAGUCUUCAAAACUUCCACCGCCUGCUCCUCCGUCUUCGAUAGCUCCGGCUGCGCACAAACAACGUCUCUUCUCUGACUCUGAGCAAAAGAUGUCUGCAACGACGGAUGACACCCAAUUUAAAGCUAAUGACUUUACGAUAAGCGGCAGUACCACAACAACUGGGGUGAGAUUUGACAAAGAGAAGAUUACAAUUGACGAUAGUAAAUUCAAAUGGGUCAACGCGUCUCAGCUGCCGAAACCACGCGCCUUUCAAAACAAAAUCAAACUUUAUCCAAGCGGACGCGGUAGUAGUGUGCCGCUCAAUCUGUCCCUAUACACUUGA